CAGUUUUAAUGCAACAACCUGAGAAUACAGUAGGAUUCUUUGUAUCUAAUGCAAGAUUUUCAACUAGAUCUAAGAAUCUUGCAAAUAAUUCAAAAGUAAAAAUAGUAUUAUGUGACGAUAAUAAUUUAAUAGAUAAGAUUAAAGAAGCGCAGAGAUUACAUUCAGAUUCUGAUUCUAAUACUGUUUGUAUUGAAAAUAUAACAACUGAUGAAAACACACAAACAGAAAUAUUUGGUAUAAAAUUUAAAGGAAGUAUUAGGAUAGGAAAACUCAUCAGAAAUAAAAUGUUUAAAAUAAAAACUACAGAGUAUCUUGAUGAACUUGAAUCAUCUUUGAAAAAGUUGCGUGAUAUCGUAUCUGAUAAAAAAGAAUAUGUGUUUGUUAAAAGAAAUAUGUCUGAAGCAGAAAGAAUUAUAAUUGAUCAAGAUAUUGAUGAAACCCUUCAGAUAGUUAGAUAUGAAUUUCAACCAGAAUUCGAAAAGAGAAUUGAACAAGAAUCUUUCAAACGUUUGAAGAGAAAAUAUCCAGAAAAUUUUUACAAGACAGUUAAAAGACAAAAAGUUGAACCAAAAGUUAUCAUUUUAACAGGUGGAAUUGGAGUUGGAAAGACUAUAUUUGGAGAAAAAUUUGCAAAAUAUUUAGAAGAUAAAGAGUUAAAAGUAUACCGACCAGUUGAAACAUCAUUGAAAAUAAAACAUGAAUUAGAUUUAUUCUAUAAAGAUGUUGAAAAACGUGCUUUGUUUUUUCAAUAUGUGAUUUUAGAAACUUACAAGAAAGAAGUAGAAAAGAUAAAUCGAUUAACUGGUUAUGAUUAUGUGAUCUUUGAUCGUACACAUAUUGAUACUGAAGUAUUUACUCAUCAUAAUAUUAAAGAACAAGAU